CUCCGCGGGGCCAGAGGCAGCCGGGACCGAGCCGGUGAGCGGGCGCCCAGCCCGGCCGACCCGCAGGCGGAGGGGCUCCGAGCCGGCGCCCCACGCACGGCCCGUCCCGCGCGGGGCACCGCGGAGCCGCCCGGGAGCCCCCGCCGCCGCCGCCUCCGCAGCGCCCAUGGGGACCCGGAGACUUUGAAGGAGUUUGGGUUCCGGGAGCAGGGAAAUCACGGGUCCCCGCUCCCGGCCCCCGCCUCGCGUGCGUCCUUGAUGGGCAACCAACUGGACCGCAUCACCCACCUCAGCUACAGCGAACUGCCCACGGGGGACCCCUCGGGCAUCGAGAAGGACGAGCUGCGGGUCGGGGUGGCCUACUUCUUCUCGGAUGAGGAGGAGGACCUGGACGAGCAGCGCGGCCAGCCGGACAGGUUCGGAGUGAAAGCGGCGCCGCUGGCGGGGUGCGCGCCCUGCCCCGAGAGCCCCGGCCGCCACCUCCACCUCCACCCGCACCCCCACCACCUGCUGCACCAGCUGGUCCUCAACGAGACCCAGUUCUCCGCCUUCCGGGGCCAGGAAUGCAUCUUCUCCAAAGUGAGCGGCGGCCCGCAGGGCGCCGACCUGAGCGUGUGCGCCGCCAGCGCGCUGCCCGCGCUCUGCGAGCCGGGCGACCUGCUGGAGCUGCUGUGGCUGCAGCCGGCGGCCCGCGAGCCGCCCGCGCCCCCGCACUGGGCCGUGUACGUGGGCGGCGGCCAGGUCAUCCACCUGCUCCGCGGCGAGAUCCGCCAGGACAGCCUGGGCGCGGCGGGCGCGGCCAACGUGGGCCGCGUGGUCUCUAGCUGGUACCGCUUCCGGCCGCUGGGCGCCGAGCUGGUGGUGCAGAACGCCUGCGGCCACCUGGGCCUCCGCAGCGAGGAGAUCUGCUGGACCACCUCCGAGAGCUUCGCCGCCUGGUGCCGCUUCGGCAAGCGCGAGUUCAAGGCGGGGGGCGAGGCGCCGGCGGGGGCGCCCCCGCCGCAGCAGCAGUACCACCUGCAGGUGCACCUGGGCGGCGGCAAGGUGCACAGCGCGCGCUUCCCGCGCCUGGAGGACCUCAUCCGCGAGCGGCGCCGCAUCGACGCCAGCGGCCGCCUGCGGGUGCUGCAGGAGCUGGCCGGCCUGGUGGACGAGGACGACAAGGAGUAGCCGCCGCCCGCGCCCCCGCGCCAGCCUCCCCUCCCGCACUGGGCUCCCCGCCGAGGAUUCGCCACCUCCGUCCUCUGCACCUGCCGCCGCCCCGGGGGCCGGGGCCCAGGCUGCCUCCCCUGCGCACCCCUCUGGCCAGCGGCGUGAAGUCGCAGGAACCGGCCAGGGACUGGGAUGGGACUGGGCUGCGAGGACAGCUGCGCGCGGCUGGGACCCCCCUCCUCCCCGGGGGCGGUAGUCCUGCUGGGAAGCCCCUGGGUUUCCCCGGAGUUAGAAGGGCGGGAGGGAGAGUGGGCUGAGCGGAGCAGGGACUCGAUCGCCCCCAAGAGUCUCUGCUCAGAAUCGAUCUCCCCGCCUAGAGAGAGGCACCAUCACCGCCCCCCAAACGCAGACUCACGGAAAGACCUAUGGGAAGCGAGGAUGGGUCUUUUCCAGGGGCAGAUCACUCCGGUGUGGAUGAGUCCCCAGAUUGCAGGAUUUCCAAGAAAUCGAGCCUGUCCCUCAAGCACUUGUGGAUCAUUCCACCGGGGACUCCAGGUCACUCCGAGGCCGCCUGGGUAGGAAUGGCCAGCUCUCCAGCCCCAGGCUGCUGAUUUGGGAUUCCGGGCUGAGCUAGGCGGUAUUUGUUUCCUAUGGUUUCCUCCCAGGGAAGCGAACGCCACGCCCUCCCCUCCCCGCAUCCCCUGCGAGACCCCAGCCUGACAGCAGGGACCUGGUCCUUCUCAUGGAGGGAACUGGCCCAGCUAAUUUGGGGGGGAGUGGGCGCAGGCCCCGCCCCAGGCAGAUUGCUCCCUCCUUGGGCUGCGUUUUAAACAUCAUCCUGUUUUUAAAGGGAUUGGGGGAGGGGGAGAGAGGGACGUGGCAGCGUUCCAGAAAACCAGCAUCAUGACAAUGCCAUAGCCAGUCUGUUUCCUUUGGCUUUUCCUAAACCUAGAGAUCUCAGCAGGUGGGGAAGUGAAAGCAAAGUUUUCAAAAGGAGGGGGCAGCGCUCCAAGAUGUCAACCAAGCAUACCGUGUUGAUGUUUUUAUUGACCAUUUUAGCAACAGGCUAAUAAAAUUUCAAAUUGAAAUUUUUAUUUUCAUGGCUUUACUCCAUGAUCGUUUCAGUACUGGGGGCCAUUGCAAGUGGACUUAGCUGCGAGCAUAGCUAGCGAGCAUUGCCCUUUCACUCUAUUUUUCUCAAAUCCUUUGAGAAGUCUGUUUUUGAAUAUUGUUUCUUUAAACAGCAGCCCUUAGUCCUGGGGGAGUUGCGAACUCAUGUGAAUGUUGUGCUGGAUUUCUGCCAGCGGAGGGGUUCCAGCAGGUUCCUUUUCUAGGUGGUGUGAACCAUUCCACGUUGCCAUUUCUGUUCUUCCUCUCUCCCUUCAUUUCCUUUUAACAAAUGAAUCUAGAGUUAGUGGCUUUCCCCCUUCUCUGUUGUGGGUCCUGCAAGGUACUCCUGAAACACCGGGAAAGAUUUGUAGGGUCUGGACAAACGUGUUUUUCAAAACAUUAAGGCUGUGUGAGACCCCUUCCCACCUUCGCUCCCUGCUCCUCAGCCCAGCCCAGCCCAGCCGAUGGACUAUCGCUUACUGAUUCAGUGCGUGUCCAGCAGCCACAGCGUCUGCCUCCCUGUCCGGGGAAUCUGUCAAAUGAUGGUGUUUAGCUAAUCAUCGCGAGCAGUUGCCUAUUGACUGCUGUGAUUGAGUCGGACAGCAAAUAUUGUGGCCAAAGCCAGUUUCUCGGCAUUUC